CCAAUGGCUGACAAUGACUUCCUCUUUCCUGCCAUCAGUGCAAAUGGGGUGCUGCAGCCAGGUGAACCACUCUCCCAUGAUAUGGUUCAGAAGUGGAUUGAUGAGGGAGUGGCAGGUGCUGGGAUUCCUGGAACAUUCUCCACACAUUGCUACCAUCAGGGAGGAGUGCAGUACAGGUUCAUGUAUGCCCCAGUGGGGCAGCGAUGGACCCUCAUGCAUGUCCAAUGGUGGGGGGGGUGGGCUGAAGGUGAACAUCAUGAUAUGCUGAUGUGUUACCUGCUUGAUGAACUUCAUUGCUAUGAAACUGACCACAGUGAUGCCCUG